ACAACAUUAGUAGGCUCACCCCUACUCGGAGAUCUAACGAAAAUUCAGAACCAUGGCUCAGAGACAGCCUAGACAGAGAUACAGUCCAUUGCCAACUUAUGUACCAUACCCAGCACAACAAGGCUACUCAAGAUGCUCACCACAGCUAGCACAACAACAAAAUUAUGCUCCACAGCCUAAUACUGGCUAUGCUCCACAGCCUAAUACUGGCUAUGCUCCUAAUACUGGCUAUGCUCCACAGCCUGCAAGAUCUAGCCAGUUUGGUUACGCUCCUCAGCAGGGAUAUGCUCCACAACCACCUUGUUACACUCCCCAGCCUGCUCCUCAGCCUGUUGGUUAUGCUCCACAGCAGGGAUAUGCUCCACAGCAGGGAUAUGCUCCACAGCCUCAGCAACAAAAUAACAACAAUGUUGUAGUGGUUAAUACCGGGCAACCAAAGGCUGACUUUUCUAUGUCAUUGGUUCAGUGCUGCAAGAUUUCAUAGAGCUGAAGAAAUUUUGGCUAACUGUUUUGAUUUUUA